AUGUUCCCAAAAGCCUCUCUUGUCGCCCUCACCUUCGCCGCUCUCGCCUGGGGCCAAGGCGUCGGCACCUACCAGGCAGAGAACCACCCCCAACUCCCCUUCCAGCGUUGCACGACCUCUGGUGGCUGCACCACUGUCUCCACCGGCCAGGUCGUUCUCGACUCGAACUGGCGUUGGGUCCAUCGCAGUGACGGAUACACCAACUGCUACACCGGCAACGCAUGGAACGCAGAGGCCUGCCCCAACGGUGCCACCUGCGCGACCAACUGCGUCCUCGACGGGGCCGACUAUUCAGCCACAUAUGGUAUCACAACUAGCGGCAACGCCCUCACCCUUAAGUUCGUCACCAACAACUCGAACGGCAAGAACGUCGGCUCGCGUGUCUACCUGAUGAGCAGCGACACCCGAUACGAGAUGUUCAAAUUCAUCAACCAAGAGUUCACCUUCGACGUCGACGUUUCCAACCUCCCCUGCGGCCUUAACGGCGCCCUCUACUUCUCGGAGAUGGACGCAGAUGGAGGCAUGUCCAGGUUCUCAUCCAACAAGGCCGGUGCCAAGUACGGAACCGGCUACUGCGACUCCCAGUGCCCCAAGGACAUCAAGUUCAUCAACGGCGAGGGCAACGUACUCAACUGGACUCCCUCAGCGACAGAUCCCAACGGUGGAACCGGGAGCUACGGAACGUGUUGCAACGAAAUGGACGUCUGGGAGGCCAACUCUAUUUCCACCGCCUUUACACCUCACCCUUGCACAGUCCAAGGCCAGUAUCGCUGCUCCGGAACGGAGUGCAACACCCCCACCGAGCGCUACAACGGCGUCUGCGAUCCGGACGGCUGCGACUUCAACUCAUAUCGCAUAGGCGACACCUCCUUCUACGGCCCGGGCAAGACCGUCGACACCACAAGGAAGUUCACCGUCGUGACCCAGUUCAUCUCCUCCGACGGGACGGCUAACGGGCAGCUUAAGGAGAUUCGCCGUAUCUACGUACAGGACGGCCGCGUCAUCCAGAACUCCAAGGUCAACAUCCCCGGCAUGACCGCGUACGACUCAAUCUCCCAGGAGUUCUGUACGGCACAGAAGAGCACCUUCGGCGAUACCAACAGCUUCCAGACGAAGGGCGGCAUGAACGGAAUGGAAUCGGGCGUCAACAGGAACGGCAUGGUCCUCGCGCUCUCCAUCUGGGAUGACCACUACGCCCACAUGCUAUGGCUCGAUUCGACCUACCCCGUCGACUCCACGAAGCCCGGUGCGGCCCGUGGAACAUGCCCAACAUCGGGAGGGGACCCAAAGGACGUCGAGGCCAACAGCCCCAACGCCUCAGUCACCUACUCCAACAUCAAGUUCGGUGACAUCGGAUCGACGUUCUCUGGCUCCACCGGCGGUGGCGGCACCAACCCGCCCACCACCGUUACGAACCAACCGCCUACGACCACGACCACGGCGCCAGGUGAGACCCAGACAAAGUAUGGUCAAUGCGGUGGAACUGGCUGGACGGGCCCUACCGCCUGCGCGGCUGGCAGCACUUGCACUUUCAGCAACCAGUGGUACAGCCAAUGCCUCUGA